AUGAACUCUUUCAAAUAUAAGAAUUCUAUUUCAGGCGCAAGUUUACAAAGCGCUGCAAAUAUAACCCUGAGGCAAAUUUUAGAACCCAGUACUGUGGAUUUACGCUCCAAAAAAACGCACAUUGUUUGUACCUUAGGACCAGCAUGCAAAUCCGUUGAAACUCUUGUAAAAUUGAUAGAUGCAGGUAUGAACAUUUGCCGAUUCAACUUUUCUCAUGGAUCACAUGAAGACCACAAGGAAAUGUUUAAUAAUGUUUUGAAGGCACAGGAGCAAAGGCCAAACAGCCUAUUAGGAAUGUUGUUAGAUACAAAGGGGCCUGAAAUUAGAACAGGUCUUUUAAAAAACAAAGAAGCUCAUUUAAAAGAAGGAAGUAAAUUAAAAUUAGUUACAGAUUAUGAUUACUUAGGAGAUGAAACAUGUAUUGCUUGUUCAUACAAAAAGUUACCACAAAGUGUAAAGAAAGGAAACAUUAUAUUAAUUGCUGAUGGAUCAGUUAGUUGUAAAGUAUUAGAAACACAUGAUGAUCAUGUUAUAACAGAAGUACUAAAUUCAGCAAUAAUUGGUGAAAAAAAAAAUAUGAAUUUGCCAAAUGUAAAGGUUGAUUUGUCAAUCAUAGGAGAAAAAGAUAAAGAUGAUAUUCUCAAUUUUGCAAUUCCUAUGGGAUGUAAUUUUAUAGCAGCUUCAUUUAUUCAAUCGGCAGAGGAUGUCAGGUUAAUUAGGAAUUUAUUAGGACCAAGAGGAAGACAUAUUAAAAUUAUCCCCAAAAUAGAAAAUAUUGAGGGUAUUAUUAACUUCGACAAAAUUUUAGCUGAAUCUGAUGGAAUUAUGAUUGCAAGAGGUGAUUUGGGGAUGGAAAUAUCUCCUGAAAAGGUUUUCUUAGCCCAGAAAUUAAUGAUUUCGAAAUGCAACUUGCAAGGAAAACCAAUUAUAACCGCUACUCAGAUGUUGGAAUCGAUGACCAAGAACCCAAGACCAACGAGAGCCGAAGUGACAGAUGUAGCUAAUGCAGUGUUAGAUGGAACGGAUUGCGUUAUGCUUUCUGGAGAAACAGCUGGCGGAAAGUUCCCAGUUGAAGCUGUUACAAUUAUGUCCAAAAUUUGUUUAGAAGCUGAAGCAUGUAUUGAUUAUAAGUUGUUACAUCAAUCAUUGGUUAGCGCGAUAGACACUCCGAUAAGUGUACAGGAAGCCGUAGCUAGAUCAGCUGUCGAAACAGCUGAAUCUAUUGGUGCAUCUUUAAUUGUAGCUUUAACGGAAACUGGAUAUACUGCUAGAUUAAUAGCUAAAUAUAAACCAAGCUGCACCAUUUUAGCCCUUAGUGCAUCCGAUUCAACGGUUAGAUGCUUGAACGUACACAGAGGAACCACAUGUAUUAAGGUAGGAUCAUUCCAAGGAACUGACAAUGUCUUAAGAAAUGCAAUAGAAAUAGCCAAAGAGAGAAAUUUAGUUAAAGUAGGGGAUAGUGUAAUAUGCAUUCAUGGUAUUAAAGAAGAAGUUGCAGGAGGUACCAACCUAAUGAAAGUAAUCCAAGUGGAAUGA